AUGUCUAUGGAUGUAGGGCCUGAGCUACUGGCUCGUCUUCCCGCUCUGACGAGCCCCCUUGGUUUGGCUGCUGUCGCUGCUGUUUUGCUUAUCGGACUGUUUAUUACCGAAAAGUUUAUUAGCGUGCCUUAUCCUGAGGGUAUUCCCCUUAUAAGGGAACCUAAGGGUGCGAAGCGGUUCAGUCUACCUUACCAUGAUUACCUCAAACAAGGCAAGCCAGUCGUCCUUCCAGGCUUUGGCGUCAGAAUAGAAGUCUAUCUCCCCCAGAGCCAGAUGAAAUGGAUAAUGGCCCAACCCGACCAUGUCCUCGACCAAGGACAGGCUUUUGCUGAGAUCGAUCAAGUCACAUGGGCUCUCGGCCACGAUCGAUAUGUCGUGGAUGCCUGGCAGGGCAUGAUUGUCAAGUAUGACCUGAACCGCGCGAUUGAGGUCAUCGCCAACAGCAUGAAGGAUGAGCUGGCAGUGGUGUUUGACGACCAGUUUGGUACCGACACGGAGAAUUGGAAGACGGUUGAUCUCACGCAGACUGUUAAGAUGAUUGUUGCUCAGGCUGCUAGUCGUUUUACGGUCGGACUACCACUUUGUCGCAAUAAGGAGUAUCUUCAGAAUGUUUUGGAUACUGAUGAGCUUUUCAUCUUGAACGCUGGUCUUACUGGAGGCAUGCCUCGUAUUCUUUCAGCAAUCCCAGGUACUCUCUUCGGUUGGUUGGUCGAAAGCAAAGUCAAGCAGUUCAAGAAAUGGGUUGUUCCUCUAUUGAAGGAACGUUUCGAUAAGGCCCAGAAUCACCAAGAAGAACCGGAGGAAGACGAUAUCCUUCAAAUGAUGGUCCGAUAUGCCCUCAAGGAACGACCAGACGAAGUCGGCAACUGGGAUCUUCUCGCGCGACGCAUCGUAGCCUCGAACUUUGGCUCUGUUCACAACACGCAGCUAUCAGUCAUCAACCUCCUUCUCAACGUUCUUGGAUCUGACGCAGAGUACAACACCAUCUCUGUUCUCCGCGAAGAGAUGGACCGCAUUCUUGGAUCUGACGACACCUCCGGCUGGACAAAGAGUGCCAUUCAAUCCAUGACUCGCGCCGACAGUGUCUCUCGCGAGUCAAUCCGUCUGAAUUCCUUCGGCUCACGCGCCAUCUUCCGCAAAGUAAUGACACCAGACUUCAAGACCCAAGACGGCUACCACCUUCCCCAAGGCACCCUUACCAACUUCAUCAGUUACCCCGCAAUGACUGAUGAAACACAAUACGAGGAUGCUCUCAAGUACGAUCCCUUCCGUUUCUCACGCGCGCGCGAACUGGCUGUUAGCCAAGGCGAGAAAGCACCUCCUGUCACAUUUGUCACGACAUCACCAGAGUUCUUGGCCUUCGGACACGGAAAGCAUGCUUGUCCUGGUCGCUUCCUCGUUGACUUUGAGUUGAAGAUGAUUCUGGCUUAUAUUGUUAAGAAUUACGAUAUCAAGUUCCCGGAUGAGUACGAAGGGAAGAGACCGCCUAACAUCUGGAUCGCCGAGGCUAAUAGCCCACCGAGUGGUGUUAAGAUAGAAGUCAAGAGAAGAGAGAAGAAGUAG